AUGGCCUUCCUAAAGCUACCCCCAGAGCUCCGUCUUCAAGUAUACCGCCACAUCCUCGACCCAGUCAAUAUCCCAGUCCCUCGAAAGCUCUACGAGUAUCACGGUAUCCUCCUCUCCUGCCGAUUGAUCUACGAAGAGUUCGGUUCCGAAGCCUUGAAGAUCAUCAACCAGUUCCUGGUCCGCAUUCAGCAAAAGUGGCCUUCAAACAACCAGCCUCUGCGCAUGCCGUCGGCUAUUCAUUUGGGGGAUGCAGCUCAGAUCUGCAUUGGAAUUCCCUAUAGCUUCCUAAUCCCACGUACCCAGCAAGCCUUUCUAGCCGUUGAUGUACUCCUCGAAUUACUUCUCGAAAACCUCCCCUCCUUCACUAUAUACGUUUGGAACAACGGUUUAGCAGAUGGCCAAUCUUCGAAGCUUUCAAGUAUCAACCCCAUAGGCGGAAUCCAUAUUCAACUUCGACGCCUUACCGAGGAGCGUGGACUCGGUUGUAUCACAUCCUGCCGUGGAAAUGUAUCCGACGCACUAUACGUACCACUACUCGAAGAUUACCACGACGAAAGCGUAUGCGUGUUCAUGGAUUACAAUAAAAAGGUCAUUCGCUUCGACGCGAAUUAUGGACCGGAGAUAUUUGAGACAGAGCUGCGGAAAUCUGCAUCAGCGGAUGAAGCUCGGUUAGCAUGA